GAAGAAACGUGAUUAUUUCUCUUCUGGACGAGUCUCUAGUAUAAUUGAUGAAGUGCACGACCACACUCGUCCUGACGAAGGUGCUCCAUAGAAGUGGUGUCGUGUGCACCCAGCCAGCUAAACGUUUUGGACCACCAGCACGACCACGUCGGGCUUUUUACAAAUACUAGCUUUUUUCGAAAUCAUAAUCAUUUUGAAUUUAUUUUAUCAUCAUCAUCUUCAUGUCCAAGUUGUACUAGUAGAGUAGAAACUGACCUGAAGAUUAUUUUCAAGUAGAAGAAAAAGCAAGCACGAUGGCGCAGCGGGUGGGCGACAAGGUCGUCACGCAGCUUUACCAAGCUGCGAUGGACACGGAGGAGCAAUUGGAUGAGGAGCUUGACCGGUUGAACAAGUUAUCAACUGCAAAUAUGUCUGGGUCCUCUGGAAGAUGCAAGCAAAGUUUGUCAUGUAGGUAGCGCAAAACCCAAAAGGUUUGGCAUGCGGGAUCUAGCAUCACAGGUUUUAUUGAGAAGGCCCCUCGAUGCUUAUUCCGCACGAGAAAUGUAGUUGCCUUCUGGUGCCCAAAAGUGGAGGCUUUUGCUGGUCAUGCAGUACAGAUUUUUGUAUCGAUCAGAUCUAGCAUGACAAACUCUGACUCUCCCAGGCCCAGGCAUCAUAUUUGCAAUGCAUACAAGUUGAAUGAAGACGAUUUGGAGGAAAUUCGCCGGAAAAGGCUGGAGGUAUAAUUCCACUUCUUUUCAUGAAAAAUACAAGGUUUUUUUUUCCUGGUUUUGUCAUGCCUACAGGGGAAUGGAAUCAAUCUGUCUGUCAUGCUUUUGCAGAUUCUAUUCAUCAACAAGCUACUUUUUACCAUUGCUAAAAAUUCUAUAAGGCGAUGAAGGACAACCACCGGAAGGCGCAGAUAUGCACUGCAAAUAUGUGUGAGUCUGGAAAAGUGGAACUUCUGUUGCAUGUCUUGCAUUCCUGAAAAAUCUGUAUUCCACAGCUCCAGCGGAAGCGCUUCUUUUUCUUCAUGCAGGGACGCAGCUUGUUAUGCGUGCUGGUGCUACGCAUCAGACAUGGCGUCAAGUAAAAAGCUUGUCAUGCUUGGCUGCACUUGAGACGAGCGCCGGACUUUUCCAUCCUUUAGCAUCACAGGUUUCCAGACCCAGACAUAUUUGCAUUGGAUACCAGACAGCCAUCCGCAACGGCUGUGGGAAGUACGACGAAAUGAAAGAUGAUAUCCUGAGCAAAAACGUCCCCACAUUAGAGUCAAGAUGGGAAAUCUGCUAGACAAAUCACAGGUUGUUUCGCAUGACAGGUUGCCCUCGUAGUGUAGUCGUGUUUAGCUAGUUCAGAAGCAUCACAGACCUAGCACAUCAUGCCGGUUCAUUCUAGCGCCACUAAUUCCGAGACACGACUCUAAAAUGCUUCGCAUGGGGGUGGUCCUUCCACCGGGUGAGGAACUGUUUUGGCAUGCAGAUUUGCAUGACAGCUCUGUCUGGGGUGGGGAGGUUUUUCCUCACAAUAGACGAGAAGGAGUUCUUCGACGCGGCAAAAGCCAACAAGAAGAUGUAUUGCAAGGAAAAAUCCCCCCUACCCAUAUUGAAAACGUAUCUAUUGAAAAUUUGUGAUGCAGAUUUGUGACCACAAAUCUUGUCUGUCUUGCUAGAAGGCAAAUCCAGGCUCUCUGCCACGCUAUGCAGGCGAUUUGUAAUGCUGUAAGGACUACAGGGCAGCCGCGUACCAUGCUAGGCGCCUACACCGAAAGGCCCCUAGCUAGGCUUGCGAUCUGCAUGCAGUCGUCCACUGCAAGACAAAUCUGAUUUGUGUACGCAAAUCCAGCAUCACAGAUCUCCUUUUCGAUAUGGGGAGGGGGGAUUUUUCCUUUUGACAAGAUGGCCUGCGUCUUCUACCGGGUGGGAAACCUGAACAGCGAUGUGAUGACGAAGCACUUCGAGACGUUAGCGCAGCGGUACGUGACCACCCGGUUCUGCUGCGUGAACGCGGAGAAGGUACCCUACCUCUGCGAGAAAUUGCACAUCUGGAUGCUGCCCAGCUAUCCUGUGUAAAAACGAGGCCCACACGACCCCGAGGUCAAGAUGGGAAAUUUUUGUCUGCACAAACCAACAAGCUUUGCGCGUUGUUGCGCUUGAGAGAUCAUUCUUGGGCCUCGCAGCGUAAUGCUGUUUCGCAAGUUGAUGUGCAGUCGCAUCACAAAUUGGCCACCUCAUCCUGAUUCUGGCAUAAGAAAUUCAUAAACACUGUAAGAAAUUUCUGCUUCGCAUGGAGUUGCGCAUCAGAAACAUUUUUGCCUUGCCGUGUUGCUUGACAAAAAUGGAAUCGCGGGGACGUUUUUACUCAGGAUACCAGCAUCGUCUUGAUCAAGGAUGGAAAAUAUCGAAUGCAAAUAUUUCUCUGGGUAUCAAACAAAAAAAGUUCGUCACGAUCACUCAUGCGCAUUUUUGCAAUACAAAACUUUCUUUCUGUCAUGCGUAAAAAUGCAUCACAGCGAAACUUCCUUAGGGGUUUCCCUAGUGUUUCUGCAACACAGAGGAAAGUUGUGAUGCUAAAAAAAUUUGCAAUGCAAAGCCCGCAAGUUAGUGACAGUGACAAACUUUUUUCUCUCCAUACUGGGUCUGGAUAAAGGUCAUGCCGAGCGUUGCUUCACAAAGCAGCUUUUUCUCCUGCGUGAACGCAUCUUCACGAGUUUGCUUUCGGGUUCUUUCACUGCGAGUUGAUUCGUUUUUAGCAUGACAAACUGAGCUCGCCUAAGUACUUAUCCCCGCCUCCCAACACAGAUCUUGGCGGCGCGCAACUUUCGCAUGACAAAUCCAGAAAUCUUCCAGGGGUAUUUGGAAUGCAUAGAAAAACCGAGUACACCAUCCGUGGCUUCGACGAGCUGGGCGGGAUGGAUUUCUCCACCGAUUUAUGCAUUGAGAAAUAUCCCUAGAUGUCUGGAAGUUCUUUGUGUUGCUGAUACUCCCAGUGCAGACCGGCCACUUGUACGGCAUAACAGCAUGAGAAGUUGUUUUAUUCCGCGGCUUCUCCUUCUUGCGAAUUCAUUCGUGAUAAUAGUAUGGAAAACUGAAUAAACAGCCUGCCAGCACGACAAAAAUACUGCCCAAUCCUCUCCAUGCAUAAUACAGAUCUGGUUUCUCUUCGAAUCCAUUGCACGACAAAUCCAGAUAUCUAGGGAUAGUGAUUUGCAAUGCAUACGGCCGGUUAGAAGCAGUGCUGAGCUUUCGGGAAAUCAUUCCAGAGCUGAACUAAGUUUGUUGGGGAGGACAGGGGAAAUAAAGCUUGUUUACUCUUUGCUGGAAAUGAAAUAGCAGUAAAAAAUUUUCGUGAUGGGUAACUAAGUCAGUUUUUUAAGUCGAUUCGUGGGCAGGAGCAAAGCCUUUUCCUGCUGCGACAUCGCUGGGAAUUUUGGAACCGAUAAUUUUUGUUGCAAAUAAUAAAAGAGACUAAAACUUCUUCUUCUACUAUAAGUGGAUAUAAUCAGAAGCAAAACAAGCGCCUGCAUCAAAUAUUAAAUUCACGCCGGGGAAAGAACAGAGUUUUGAGUCUGAUUUCUUUGGCAGGACAAAAAGUUAAGCUUCAGAAGUAGAUGAAACAUUCACAACCCUGUGCGACAUCGGUUUGCUUUCUAGCUCUGCCGCUCGUUGCAAAUA